AUGACUCUCACCGAAGUCCAUUUGCGACCGGCAGUGUCGCAGGACCUUCCAGCCAUCGCGGAAGUUGCCGCACAGUCCAUGUUGGACGACGAGCUGUUUGCCUUUCUUUGCCCUCGGCGUAGGGAAUAUUACUCGGACUAUCGUCAAAGUUUCCUGCGACGACUACGGGCGAAGUUGACAUCGCCCGGGUGGGUGGUCAUCGUUGCGGUAGCUGAACGCUCAAUGGAUGCAGACUCAUGUCCUAUCCUUGGCUAUUGUGUCUGGGAGCGUAUCGGGGACACAGCGGAAGAGUCCACCAAACAGUGGAAGGAGACCUCGAAUAGUGGUUGGUUGGCUCGCGUACAGGAACUGCUUGGAAAUGCGAGGGAACAUUUCGUGACUCGACUGUACCCUGACCGAAGCGUAGAUGUUUCUCGUUUGGCUCGGUACAAUGCUUUAACCAUUGAAUGUUUUCCGUACGACGACUUUCCCGAGCUUUGGUUCCUGUCCACACUGGCGGUUCACCCGGCGUACCAGCGACAGGGGAUCGGUCGUAGGCUCGUUGAAUGGGGCCUCGAACAUGCCACGUGGGACGGAACCCCUGUUGGUCUCGAAGCUAGUGCCAAAGGAACCUCUCUCUACCAGUCCCUUGGGUUUCAGGUAGUCAAUGAAGUGCCAUUGGUGGAGGGGGUCGCCCUGACAGCGAUGCUGUGGCGACCUUCUCGGGUGGCGCACCCUUGA